AGUACUCGUCCACCGAUGAGCUGCGGGCCCGAGGAUGCCGCCCCAGAGAUUACCCCGCCAACGACGAAGAGGAGCACGGAUACGCAGGUGGGACAGCGGCGACCGAAGAGGUCAGACAGUUGGCCUAGGGGCGGGGCGAUCGCUGUACUGGCGAGUGCAGCCCCGUUGGAAACCCACACGUAGCUCGAUCCCAUGCCGAGGGUGUGCGUAAUGGUUGGUAGGGUUGUAGAGACGAUGGUGACCUCGAGGGCCAGCAUGAGCUUGCUGGCUGCUAGGGCAAUGACAAUUGCCCAGAAACGCAGCCCCUUUGCUGGCGCUGCAGCGACUGACUCGCUUGGCUCCAUCGAGCUCGUCCCCGUAUUAUUCUCCCUCGGGGGCACCGAGGCGUCGAUUGUCUCCGGGGCUGCGGAUUCCGUUAAGACUCCGGAUAGGGCCCACUACGUCAUUGCCGAUACCGCUCUAGGGUAGAUAGGAUAGAAGUCACGAUUAGGUAUAGGAAAG